ACGUUGAGAUCUGUCAACACAUCUUAUUUUGUCAAUCAAGAUUCGGCAGAGGCCGAUAGCAAUAUCCAAGAAUCUUGCUUACUACGGUAUUUUAUCGAAGAGCUAUCCCCAUGGUUUGAUCAUUGCGAUGAGCGACGUCACUUUCAACUAGUGGUUCCUCGUCGAGCUAAGCACUGCCUUGCUCUACGAAAUGCGGUAUUUGCGGUAUCAUCCCGGCAUCUUUGUCGUUUGCCACAGUACACAACAUCCCGAGGAACUGUUUACCACGGGCAGGUUUUACCUGGCUUAACAAAAUCGACGUCGGUUGAGUACAUGUUGAAAUGUAUUCCAGAAUUGAUCCAAUUCCCCGAAAUUCAGGAUCCACUACACCAGGAAAAUAUUAUGGCGGCCACCGUGAUUUUACGACAAUACGAGGAAAUGGAAGAGGAGAUGGAGGAAGGAGAGAUUGGAAAUCAUGUCUAUGAAGGAGUCAAUUUCCUGGCCAUCACCCAGACAAUCAUUGACACCAUGAUUUCCACCCCGCUUGAUCACUCCCUCGCCACCGCGGCCUACUGGAUUGCCAUCCGACAGGAAGUAUAUUAUGCUUUGACAAGGCAACGGGCUCCACAGGUUCGCUUUGACUUGGAGCGCUCUCGAAACACCUCUGUUGCCAAUAUAAUGAUUGUAUUCGCUAGUGAAGUUGCCAAGUGGCGCUGGGGGUUGAAACAGCCCCAGGAAUGGGAAAAGCUUAAGGCAAAACAGCAUCAGCUUCACCAGGAUUAUCUGCAUGAAUUGGAACCAAUUUUGGAGCAAGAUGCUGAUAGAGCCAGAGGGAAUAUCUUUCCUACUAUAUGGUACUCCUUUGAGGCGCAGGUGACGGCGAUCCAACAUUUGAAAUUGGCUGAAAUGAUUUUAAUUGCCGAAAGCCCCUAUCUUGAGAACACAAGGGGUGCAUUACAUCGCAAAACGGAGGCACAAGUCCGGACUAUUGUCCUAUGUCUUUGUGGUAUCGCGUCAAACCAUCCCCGAUGUCAGCCUGCACUAGUUAAUGCUGUUAUGGCAAUUACACUGUACGGUGAAUAUUUCACCAAUCAAGGGGAGAGAGACGCCCUCCUUGGUAUCAUGAAUCAAACCAUGGAAAUACAUGCCUGGCCGAUGAGGAAGGCCUACCAGUCUCUACAACGGCAAUGGGAUAUGUUAGAUGAUGUUGAACUUUAA